AUGCAGCAAGUGCCAUGCAAAUUUGCAUGUUUGUUCAGGAUCACCAAAGCAAGAGGAGUUACAUUUCAACAAUUAAGCUUCCUCAAACGAAUGUAUGUAGCACAGAAUAACAAAAUGCUCUGCCAGCAAUCAAAAUUGAAGCCCAAAUCGGCUGCAUCUCCUUUCACUGAAGGAGAGCACUUGGCCCCGGAAAAAAUGGUUAUCCAUGAAGUGAGGUCUGUGUCACCUCUUCUGCCUCCUUCCUCUGAGAAACUGGAGAUAAAUGAAGGCCUAGAGUCGACUACAGUCACUAACAACUUAGAAACUGUAACGGAAACUUCAUCAAAGAAAGAGAAACAGUGGAAAGAGAUGAAACCAAGCCUGGAUGAAUUACCAGGAAUUUUGGCCCGUCUAUCCAAAAUCAAACUUACAGCCUUGGUUGUAAGUACUGCCUCAGCUGGAUUUGCAAUGGCACCCGUGCCGUUUGACCUAACGUGUUUCCUGCUUGCCUCCCUUGGAACGGGUCUCGCAUCGUGCGCUGCUAAUUCCAUCAACCAGUUCUUUGAGGUUCCAUUUGACUCGAACAUGAACAGGACAAAAAACAGGCCCCUGGUGCGAGGACAGAUCAGCCCUCUGCUCGCGGUAUCCUUCGCUGUCUCCUGUGCAGUUCCAGGACUUGCCCUGCUGACGUUCGGUGUGAAUCCCCUCACCGGGGCCCUGGGGGCCUUCAACGUUGUCCUGUACACGUGCUGUUACACACCGCUCAAAAGAAUCAGCAUCGUCAACACAUGGGUGGGAGCCGUCGUUGGUGCCAUUCCCCCCGUCAUGGGCUGGACAGCAGCAACAGGCAGUCUGGAUGCAGGAGCAUUGUUACUGGGAGGGAUCCUCUACUCGUGGCAGUUCCCUCAUUUCAAUGCCCUGAGUUGGGGCCUUCGCGAGGAUUACUCCAGAGGUGGCUACUGCAUGAUGUCUGUCACUCACCCGGCAAUGUGCAGGCGGGUGGCUCUGCGGCACUGCUUGGCCUUAAUUGGACUUUCCUCGCUGGCUCCCGUCCUUGACAUCACCACGUGGACUUUCCCCAUCAUUUCUCUUCCCAUCAACCUGUACAUUUCCUACCUCGGCUUUCGUUUCUACAAGGAUGCCGACCGCAGCAGCUCCAGGAAGUUGUUUUUCUGCAGCCUCUGGCACCUACCACUCCUCCUCUUGCUGAUGCUGACGAGCAAGAAAUCUUGGUAUGAGAAGGACGACAAAAAGGAGACUGUGAACUGA